AUGGUGUUCUUCCAGGCCUGCACCCUGGGGUGGCUCACAUUCGGGCUAUCCAUGGCAUUUUCACAGAAUGAAACACCGUCCGUCCCUGGCCAACUGUUCAACUCAUUGGAGGAGUCCGCUCGGUUGGUGGAUAUCACCUACUGCGUUAGCACCACAGGCAUCCAAGAGCCGUUCCAGUGCUUGAGCCACUGCGCUGAAUUCCCAGACUUGGAACUGGUUACCACUUGGAACACCGGAAUCCUCUUAUCUGACUCAUGCGGCUAUAUUGCGGUGUCGCAUGCUCCGACAAAGCGCAUCGUUGUUGCGUUCCGGGGCACUUACUCCAUAACCAACACCAUCAUUGACCUCUCCGCAUACCCUCAGUCCUAUGUCCCAUACACCGGAGAGGAAGGAGAGGCAACAGAACGCCCGACAUGUGCGAACUGCACAGUGCACGCCGGAUUCAUGACCUCAUGGAACAACACCCGCUCUACGGUGCUUCCCCGGAUCGAGGCAGCGAGGCAGCAAUACCCGGACUACGAAGUGAGCUUGGUCGGGCACUCCCUCGGGGGUGCAGUGGCCGCACUCGCGGGGUUGGAGAUGCAGCUGAAGGGAUGGAACCCGACGGUCACCACAUUCGGGGAACCGAUGAUAGGCAACGGAGAAUUUGCCAAAUACCUGGACGACCAGUUCUCGCUGAACGCGCCUGAUCACGCUGAUGGCAGCUUCAGGCCUCCACAGUUCCGCCGCGUCACUCACGUUGACGACCCGGUCCCACUACUCCCUCUUUCCGAGUGGGGAUAUACACCUCACAGUGGGGAGAUAUUCAUCUCCAAGCCCGAGCUUCCACCUUCCAUUGGAGAUAUCCAGCUGUGUGAAGGGAACCAGGAUCCACGGUGCAUCGCCGGGAGCGAAGCGCCGAGUUCUUUGAUGGAAAUCUACCAAGAUGUCUCGAUCCCUCUCAGUGUGUUCGGCGAUCGUCUAGAUCCCUGCUCAUCUAGUAGACAAUCCAAGUCGGGAAAGACCCACCAGGUCGUUUUGAGUCGACUAAGCUCCGCGAGAGAAGACGUGACAUGUGCCUCGGACGCCACGACGCCGCUGCACCCCCGCAGCUGGAAUUGGUCCCUGAUCCCUGCUCGAUACCGCCUAUGGGAGCUGUUUUUUGCCCAUAGAGAUUAUUUUUGGCGUAUUGGACUUUGCUGGCCGGGGGGAGAUCCGACCGGCUAA